AUGGCUGACAACAUGGUGACUUUCAUGAAGGAGGAGCUGAAGAAGAUGAAGAAGCUCCUGAGCCCAGAUUACCCAGCAUGCUCCGAGAGUGAGAGAGAGGAUGAGGAUGAAGAGCAGAGGAGCAGCAGAGAGUCAUUAGUGAGGAUCACACUGGACUUCCUGAGGAGGAUGAAGCAGGAGGAGCUGGCUGAGCGUCUGUGGAGCAGAAUGUCUGCUGCAAUCUGCCAACAGAAACUGAAACGUGGCCUGAAGAAGAGGUUCCAGUGUGUGUUUGAGGGAGUCUCUAAAGCAGGAGAGUCCAGCUUCCUGAACCAGAUCUACACAGAGCUCCACAUCACAGAGGGAGGGGCUGCAGAGGUCAAUGAGGAACAUGAGGUCAGACAGAUUGAAGCAGCAUCCAGGACAGCAGACAGAGCAGAAACAAGCAUCAGACCAGGAGACAUCUUCAAAGCCUCACCUGGAAGAUCUCAACCAAUCAGAACAGUGCUGACACAGGGAGUGGCUGGCAUUGACAAAACAAUCCUGACACAGAAGUUCACUCUGGACUGGGCUGAAGACAAAGACAACCAGGACAUCCACUUCACAUUUCCAUUCACCUUCAGAGAGCUGAAUGUGCUGAAGGAGAAGAAGUUCAGCUUGGUGGGACUUGUUCAUCACUUCUUCACUGAAACCAAAGAAGCAGGAAUCUGCAGCUUUGAAGACUUCCAGGUGGUCUUCAUCUUGGACGGUCUGGAUGAGUGUCGACUCCCUCUGGACUUCCAGCACCCUGAGUUCCUGACUGAUGUUACAGAGUCCACCUCAGUGGAUGUUCUGCUGACAAACCUCAUCAGGGGGAAACUGCUUCCCUCUGCUCGCCUCUGGAUCACCACACGACCUGCAGCAGCCAAUCAGAUCCCUGCUGACUGUGUGGACAUGGUGACAGAGGUCCGAGGGUUCACUGACCCCCAGAAGGAGGAGUACUUCAGGAGGAGGUUCAGAGAGAAGCAGGCCAGCAGGAUCAUCUCCCACAUCCAGACCUCCCGAAGCCUCCACAUCAUGUGCCACAUCCCGGUCUUCUGCUGGAUCACUGCUACAGUUCUGGAGGAGGUGUUGAAGAGCAGAGAGGGAGGAGAGCUGCCCAAGACCCUGACUCAGAUGUACAUCCACCACCUGGUGGUCCAGGCCAAAGUCAAGAAGGUCAAGUAUGAUGGAGGAGCUGCCACAGAUCCACACUGGAGUCCAGAGAGCAGGGAGAUGAUAGAGUCUCUGGGAAAACUGGCUUUUGAGGAGCUGCAGAAAGGAAACCUGAUCUUCUAUGAACCCGACCUGACAGAGUGUGGCAUCGAUCUCAGAGCAGCCUCAGUGUACUCAGGAAUGUUCACACAGAUCUUUAGAGAGGAGAGCGGCCUGUACCAGGACAAGGUGUUCUGCUUCAUCCAUCUGAGCCUUCAGGAGUUUCUGGCUGCUCUUCAUGUCCAUCAGACCUUCAUCCAGUCUGGAAUCAACCUGCUGGAAGAGACAACAACCAUUCAGCAAUCUUCACAACAGCCUCAACUCCACCAUCUCCAUCAGAGAGCAGUGGACGAGGCCUUGAAGAGUCCAAAUGGACACCUGGACUUGUUCCUCCGCUUCCUCCUGGGUCUUUCACUGCCGACCAAUCAGAGUCUCCUUCAAGGUCUGCUGACAGAGACAGGAUGUAGCUCACAGACCAAUCAGGAAACAGUCCAGUACAUCAAGAAGAAGCUCAGUGAGAGUCUGUCUGCAGAGAGAAUCAUCAAUCUGUUCCACUGUCUGAAUGAACUGAAUGAUGAUUCUCUGGUGGAGGAGAUCCAACAGUCCCUGAGAUCAGGACGUCUCUCUGGAGACAAACUGUCUCCAGCUCAGUGGUCAGCUCUGGUCUUCAUCUUACUGUCAUCAGAAGAAGAUCUGAAUGAGUUUGACCUAAAGAAAUACUCUGCUUCAGAGGAGGAUCUUCUGAAGCUGCUGCCAGUGGUCAAAGCCUCCAACAAAGCUCUGUUGAGGGGCUGUGGGCUGUCAGAGAGAAGCUGUGGAGCUCUGUCCUCAGUUCUCAGCUCUCAGUCCUCCAGUCUGACUGAUCUGGACCUGAGUAACAACGACCUGCAGGAUUCAGGAGUGAAGCUACUGUCUUCUGGACUGGAGAGUCCUCACUGUAAACUGGAAGUUCUCAGGUUGAGCAGCUUUGGUCUGUCAGAGAGAAGCUGUGGAGCUCUGUCCUCAGUUCUCAGCUCUCAGUCCUCCAGUCUGACACAUCUGGACCUGAGUAACAACGACCUGCAGGAUUCAGGAGUGAAGCUACUGUCUUCUGGACUGGAGAGUCCUCACUGUAAACUGGAAGCUCUCAGGGUGGAGCAUUGUGGAGAGCAGUGGUUAAAACCUGGUCUGAGGAAGUAUUUCUCUCAACUGAAAGUGGACCCAAACUCAAUGAACAGAAACCUCAAACUGUCCAACAAGAAAAAGACGAUGACAGACGUGAAGGAGAAGCAGCUGUACCCUGAUCAUCCAGACAGAUUUGAUGACUGUCCUCAGCUGCUGUGUAGAAAUGCUCUGAGUGGUCGAUGUUACUGGGAGGUCGAGUGGAGCAGAAAUGUCGAGAUAUCAGUGAGUUACAGAGGAAUCACCAGGAAAGGAAAUGGUGAGGAGUGUUUGUUUGGAAGGAAUGAUCAGUCCUGGAGUCUGUACUGCUAUUAUGGUGGUUACUAUGUCAGGCACAAUAACAAAGAAACAUUCAUCCCCUCGACCUUCAGCGGCUACCGACCCAACUAUGGUGGAGUAGCAGUGUAUGUGGACUGUCCUGCUGGCUCUCUGUCCUUCUUCAGAGUCUCCUCUGACUCUCUGAUCCACCUCUACACCUUCAACACCACAUUCACUCAACCUCUCUAUGCUGGAUUUGGAUUCCAUUGGUCUGGUUCUUCAGUGAGUCUGUGUCUUCCGUAGGAAGGACAGUGUUUGUCUCUAACAGCAGAAAUUAGCAGGAGUCUGUCACUCGGUCUCUCAGAAGGUGGGAUGAGCAUAUCCGAAAGUGAGAGGAGUUUUUCAGAAAGUAGCAUCACUAAAGAUCAGUUUUCUUUUUCAUUCCAUCUUGUUGGUUUCUGUUCCAUUGUUGUCGUGUUUCUUGAAAUGUUCAAUCCUAAAGUUAUAAAAGUGAAUCAUUGUCAAGUCAAAGACACUGUAUUGACUCUUGCUCUCUGCGUGAGUUCUCCUGCAUACACUGUAAAAAAUGUCCGUGGAUUUAACAAGGCAAAACUGUAAAUUCAUGACAAUAAAACAAUGUAAAUGGGAAAAUUGUUUUUCACUGUCAAACUUACAGUAAUAUUCUGCAAAAUUCUCAACAUAGUCCUAGGCUUUACUUCUUAUUGUCUCAUGCUCGCUGUUGCCAAAGCUGUCCGUCCCUGGGAGAGGGAUCCCUCCAUACUGUGGUUCUCCCCAAG